AUGAGUACUCUCCCCUCUGAGACAGCGUGGCUCUGCCUGGCUGUCACGGCAGCACUAGGGGGACUUGUUCUCUGCCAACUCAAGAAGAGCCCAGGACAGGUGGGGAGAAAGGUGGUUUGCCUGGCAGGCCUCUGGGGAGGGGCUUGCCUGCUCAGCCUGUCCCUCUUCUGGGGCUUGAUCCUCUUCUCCCUAUCAUGUUUCCUCUUGUAUAUUUACUUAUCUGGCCAAGAAUUGUUACCUGUGGAUCAAAAGGCUGUGCUAAUCACAGGUAGCGAUUCUGGAUUUGGCCAUGCUUUGUCCAAGUACCUGGACCAACUGGGCUUCACCGUGUUUGCCGGAGUUCUGGAUGAAAAUGGAUCAGGCGCAGAGCAAUUGCGAAGAACCUGCUCCGAGCGCCUCUGUGUGCUCCAGCUGGAUGUCACCAACCCGCAGCAGAUAAAAGAUGCCUACAGCACAGUGGUGCAGAAGGUGCAGAACAGAGGACUGUGGGCUGUGGUCAACAAUGCUGGGAUCCUUGGCUUACCUGCUGAUGGGGAGCUCAUUCCCAUGAGCCACUACAAGCAAUGCAUGGCCGUGAACUUCUUCGGAGCUGUGGAAGUCACGAAGGCAUUUUUGCCUCUUCUUAGGAAAUCCAAGGGGAGGCUGGUGAACAUCAGCAGCAUGGGGGGAGAGAUCCCACUUUUAAAGCUGGCGUCCUAUAGCUCAUCCAAGGCAGCUCUGACCAUGUUUUCGGCAAUCAUGAGACAAGAGCUUUCCAAAUGGGAAGUUAAAGUCUCUACCAUCCAGCCUGGAGGCUUCAAAACAAAUAUCACAGGCACGAGUGAAAUGUUGGAAAAGCUGGAGAAAGACUUGCUGGACCAUCUCAACCCUGAUGUGCAAGAGGAGUACGGCCAGGACUAUAUCCUUGCGUACCGGAGAAUUCUCACCUCCUUUAGUGUGCAUUCCAGCUCUGACAUAUCCCCUGUGCUCCUGGACAUCCGGCACGCCAUCUCUGCUAAGAGUCCCCUUACCUUGUAUACACCAGGGCCAGGCACUUACCUGUGGCUCUGCUUUUUUUACUUUAGCCCAACUGGCAUAUUUGAUUAUUUUAACAAAAAAUUUCUUAACUUUGAUGUUAAUAUUCCUAGAACACUUAGCAUGCCUAAAUGGAAGAAUGAGGUCAUGUAGACAAAUAACUGGGAAAUGUUGUAAUCUUGGAGUGAAAGGGAAACCAGAGCUCACCAUUAAAGUUGUGGUUUCCUACCUUGCA